CGGGUGAUUAGUGCUGACUUUUUGCCGGCUGCUAACGUAGAUGCGCAAUUUUCGUAUGCCAAUGCUAAAACCCUAACCUUUCGGUAAACGCAUGCGUCUAUAAUCGAUAAAGGAUGCAGCCAUUCAUGUCCCCUUGACAGUUUUUUGUAGGUAAACCACCCCUUCUCAUCUGUUGAGCUUUUUGAGUACUGCGAGGGCAACCAUCGCAACGAGAAAGGGGCCUUCUUGGUCAACAGAGCUCGCCCUAGACCAGCGGUCUCUGGGAGAAGAGCCGCAAUUGUUCUCUCCCGAGCAAUCAUCUCCUGGAUUGAUGGUUAGGCAAUACUGGUGGUGAUUUGUACCUGAGCAAAUUGCAUGAUGAAUAAACUAUCAGAUAACUCUUCUACUCAUUGUUCUCUGACCAUGGAGCUUUCCACUGGCGCAAGCAACAACAGGCCAACAAAUGUAUACAUAUGGGAUAUGGAUGAGACAUUAAUAUUGUUGAAGUCGUUGUUGGAUGGGACAUAUGUCCAGGCCUUUGGUGGUUUAAAAGACUCUAGAAAAGGGAUUGAAAUCGGAAAACUUUGGGAAACACAAAUUCUUCAAAUCUGUGAUGACCAUUUCUUCUAUGAACAAAUUGAAGACUACAAUGAACCUUUUCUGCUUGCUUUGAAUGAAUUUGAUGAUGGGAAAGACCUUUCUGACUAUGACUUCAAUAAUGAUGGCUUAAGCUUUCCUUGUGAUGACUCCAACAGAAGGAAACUUGCAUAUAGGCACCGUGCUAUAGCGGACAAAUAUACAAAGGGUUUGCGAAAUUUCCUCGACCAGAAUAUGAUCAAACAAUGGGAUGAUCUAUAUAUGUUGACAGAUAACUAUACAGAUGGAUGGCUUUCCUCUGGACGUGCUUUACUGGAUCAAAUUUCUGGCAGAACUAAAGCUGCUACUUCUCAUCCUUCAUCAUCUGAAAAUACAUGUGAUGACAUUGUUAUGAAAUGCCAAGACAUCAAUGUAUUGGUUACGUCCGGAUCUCUAAUUCCAAGUCUCGUCAAGUGCAUUCUCUUUCUUUUGGAUGAUCACAUCAUUUAUGACAAUGUUUAUAGCUCUUGGGAAGUCGGAAAACUGCAGUGUUUCUCAUGGAUUCGGGAGCGUUUCGGCGGCGGACCAUCGGUGCGAUUCUGUGUGAUUGGAGAUGGGAUGGAAGAAUGUGAAGCAGCAGAGAGGAUGUGUUGGCCUUUUGUUAAGAUGGAUUUUCGCCCAAAAGCACCACACAGACUUCCAGGCCUCACUGUAAGAGUUAUCCAACAUUAUAUGGAGGUUAUUUAUGGCCCCUUCAAUUCUGCUGAUGAUGAGAAAGAGCUAUAAGCUUUCUCUUAUCUGCUGCCUUUCAUUUUUCUUUUUUUUUUUUUUUAAAUUUUUG